GUGCAGAUCCUUCUCCAGCCGCGGUGCAGGAACCGAGUGCAGCCCCCAAGGCCUUCGGAUCCUUCUGGUCCAGUCUGGGUGACAGCGAAGUGAACCUGGAGCGUGCUAGCACUCCGGUGAAGCCACCGGCGGAGACCAUCUCGACCGAGACGCAAGGCAGCGCAUCACCGAACGAAGAGAAGCUUUGCUGUUACCAGUGCUUCAAGCAGUUCUACGCCCGGUAUGCAGUGGAAAGAGAGGUCCCGACGGAAUUCGGCGGCGGUUGCAAGCGGCUGUGCUCUGAGGCAGCGAUCAUUAUCACUAUCAUUUGUAACAACGGCUAUCACCGUCACCCUUCUGACGAUGAUUAUUAUCAUUUCUGGUUGAGAUGGGGCAUGGUGCGAUCCUGA